CGGAAGCCGGGAGGGAACGAGGGCGGAAGGGAACCGAGGCUGGGGUUGUGUUUGGAGCCUUGGCGGGGCUGGGGUUCCGAUGUGGUUCCCGGAGCGGGAGGCUGAGGCCGCGGCCGGGGGAGAUCCGGCGGGCCUACUGCCCCCGGAAUGGGAGGAGGAUGAGGAGCGCAUGUCCUUUCUGUUCUCCGCCUUCAAAAGGAGUCGGGAGGUGAACAGCACCGACUGGGACAGCAAGAUGGGCUUCUGGGCGCCCUUAGUGUUGAGCCACAGUCGCCGCCAGGGGGUGGUGCGUCUGCGUCUGCGAGACUUGCAGGAGGCCUUUCAGCGGAAGGGCAGCGUCCCGCUGGGGCUGGCCACGGUCCUGCAGGACCUGCUGCGUCGAGGGGAGCUACAGAGGGAGUCAGACUUCAUGGCCAGUGUAGACAGCAGCUGGAUCUCCUGGGGAGUUGGAGUCUUUCUGCUGAAGCCCCUCAAGUGGACUCUUUCUAACAUGCUGGGCGAUAAUAAGGUUCCUGCCGAGGAAGUACUUGUGGCUGUGGAGCUGCUUAAGGAAAAGGCUGAGGAGGUGUAUCGUCUGUAUCAGAACUCCCCUCUCUCCUCACACCCAGUGGUGGCCCUGUCAGAGCUGAGCACCAUCUGUGCUAGCUCUUGCCCAGAUGAGAGAACCUUUUACUUGGUCUUGCUACAGCUUCAGAAAGAAAAGAGAGUCACAGUCCUCGAGCAGAAUGGAGAAAAGAUUGUGAAGUUUGCCAGAGGGCCACAUGCCAAGGUCUCUCCUGUCAACGAUGUCGACGUUGGGGUUUACCAGCUGAUGCAGAGUGAGCAGCUCCUCUCACGCAAGGUGGAGUCCUUGUCCCAAGAAGCAGAGAGGUGUAAAGAAGAAGCCCGCCGGGCAUGCCGAGCAGGAAAGAAACAACUAGCACUGAGGUCUCUCAAAACCAAGCAACGGACAGAGAAGCGCAUCGAGGCCCUCCAUGCCAAGCUGGACACUGUUCAAGGCAUCCUGGACCGGAUCUAUGCCUCCCAGACAGACCAGAUGGUUUUUAAUGCUUACCAGGCUGGAGUAGGAGCACUCAAACUCUCUAUGAAGGAUGUCACAGUGGAGAAGGCAGAAAGCCUGGUGGAUCAGAUCCAAGAGCUAUGUGAUACCCAGGAUGAAGUUUCUCAGACUCUGGCUGGUGGAGUAACCAAUGGCUUAGAUUUUGACAGUGAGGAACUGGAGAAGGAAUUGGACAUCCUCCUUCAGGACACCACCAAAGAACCUUUGGAUCUUCCCGACAACUCCCAGGAGACGUUUUAUACCAACAGUGUGCCUAGCCCUAGGAUCUCGGAUGCUGAACUUGAAGCUGAACUUGAGAAACUAUCCUUAUCAGAGGGAGGUUUGGUCCCAAGCAGUAAAUCUCCAAAAAGGCAAUUGGAACCGACUCUCUAAAGCCAUUGUAG